AUGCCCAGCGACUGCCGAAAGAUGUGCGAUGCCCCUAAGCUCCAGCUGGAGGGAGGCGUGCCCAGGCGGCGAUACCAGGUCACUCUCAUGGGCCACGCCAGGGUUGGCAAAAGUACGAUCGUGUCGCAGUUCCUCUAUGACAAGAUAAUCACGAACUACAAACCGACGGUGGAGGAACUUCAUCGAGGGGAAUAUGAGAUCGAGGGCGAGACUCUGACCCUCGACCUCCUGGACACGUCAGGGGCGCACCAGUUUCCUGCCAUGAGGGAGCUCGCCAUCAGGCAGUCGGACGCCUUCAUCCUCGUCUUCGCCAUCGACGACCCGUCGUCCUGGGAAACCCUGACAUCCCUAAGGGAGGAGAUCGUGCGUCUGCGUGGGCCGACGGUGCCUCUCGUAGUCGUGGGUAACAAGUUGGACCUGGAGGGCCGCCGGUGCGUGGCGCGGGCGGCGGUGGAGGCACGGGCGUCCCUGGACUGGAACGCCGCCUACACCGAGACUUGUGCCCUGCAACCGGACGACGUCCUUUGCCUCUUCAAGACGGUCCUGCAUCAGGGGCAGGUGCGGUACAAGCUGAGUCCGGCCGUCGAGAGACGAAGGAAGUCGCUACCCACGUACACGCAGAAGCAGAAGCAGGAGAAAUUCUUCUUCAAGAGGCAUUCCUGCAACGUAUCUUAG